AAUACUCAUCUCUCUUUCUCUCUCUCUCGAAGUUUCUGUCAACAUCCGAGAGUCUCAUUGACUCUCAAAACUAUCUUCCUGGGAGCAUAACGUUAUGGCAUUGAAGUCAUCAGAAAGGCCAAAACCCAAGCACAGGAAGGGAUUGUGGUCACCUGAAGAAGACCAGAGGCUCAGGAACUAUGUCCUCAAGCAUGGCCAUGGUUGCUGGAGCUCUGUCCCCAUCAACACCGGCUUGCAGAGGAAUGGCAAGAGCUGCAGAUUAAGGUGGAUCAAUUACUUGAGGCCUGGCCUAAAGAGAGGCAUGUUCACUGUGGAAGAAGAGGAGAUUAUUUUGUCCCUCCAUCGCUUGAUAGGCAACAAGUGGUCCCAAAUAGCAAAGCAUUUGCCAGGAAGGACCGAUAAUGAGAUAAAGAAUCACUGGCAUUCUUAUCUUAAGAAGAGGGGGGCAAAUAAGACCGAAUCAUCAUCAUCCUCAUUAGAUGCUUACCACCAUGCCCAAAGUCAAUGUACCAAUUCCGACAAUGUGGAAUCUUCGCCUCCUCCAGAUCAAAUCCCCACAUCAAAGGAACGAAAGGAAAAGCCAUCGUUUGACUUACCGAGAGAUGGCCCACGCAGCUUCUUGCCCAAGGUUUUCUUCGCGGAGUGGCUGAAUCAAGAUGAUCAAGGGAAUGAUGUUCCGAACUACGGCGCUGCUUUCGAUGACCGCUCAAAUCUUCAGGACCCUCUUGUGCAUGAUUUGUGCACAAGCGAUUUUAGAAAUUCCUACGGCGGUGAAUAUGUUGGUAACGACCUAAGUAAUGGGUCUGUUAGUGCAAGCGCGAGCGACAUGUAUAGUUCACAGUUGAAGUUGGAGAUGGAUCAGGUUUCGGGAGGUGAUUAUUACUUGGAUUAUUUUUCUGGGGAUGACAUUUGCAGUCAGUUCAACAUGGGCAGUGAUGUAAACGUGACAAUGUACACAUGA